AUGAGCACCACCUUCCUUCAGAGCUCUUCUACCUAUGGGGGUGGCUUUGGUGGGGGCUUCACUCGGGGAACCUCUCUCCUGGCUGGUGGUGGAUAUGGAGGGGGAAGUCUCCUAGGGAGUGUUGGUCAGAUUUCUGCCUCCUCAGAUAGCUUUGUCUCCUCUGGGUUGGCUGGGGGCUACGGUGGUAGAAUGAGCGAUGGCUUUGGUGGAGGGGUUUAUGGAGGUUAUAGAGGAGGCUUGGGCAGCGGCUUUGACUUGGGUGGUGGAGAAGGUGGACUCUUGACUGGCAAUGAGAAAACCACCAUGCAAAACCUCAAUGACCGCCUGGCAUCCUACCUGGACAAAGUUCGGGCUCUGGAGGUGGCCAAUACAGAUCUUGAGGUUAAGAUCCGAGACUGGCAUCUGAAGCAAAGUCCCACUGACCUUGAGCGGGAUUACAGUCCCUAUUUCAAGACCAUCAAUGAGCUCCUUGACGAGAUAGGACUAAAUUCCACCUUUGACAAUUGUCGGGUCAUUUUGGAGCUUGACAGUUCUUGGCUGGCUGCUGAUGACUUCAGACUCAAGUAUGAGAAUGAGUUGAGCCUAAGUCACAGUGUGGAGGCUGACAUCAGUGGCCUGCGCAGAGUGAUGGAUGAGCUGACCCUGGCCAAGGCUGAGCUGGAGACACAGGUUGAGAACCUGAAUGAGGAGCUGGACUACCUGAAGAGGAACUUUGAGGAGGAAAUGAAAGAGUAUAAUAACCAGCUGAUGGGCCAGGUCAAUGUGGAGAUGGAUGCAGCCCCGGGGGUAGACCUGACCAGUGUGCUUUCUGAGAUGCGAGAGCAGUAUGAAGCCAUUGCCGAGAAGAAUCGUCGAGAUGCUGAGACGUGGUUCUUUAGCAAGACUGAAGAACUGAACAAAGAGGUGGCGUCCAGCACUGAAAUGAUCCAGACCAGCAAGACAGAGGUCACUGACCUGAGACGCACGCUCCAGGGCCUGGAGAUUGAGCUUCAGUCCCAGCUCAGCAUGAAAGCCCGGCUGGAGAGCUCUUUGGCAGAGAUGGAGUACUGCUAUGCUACCCAACUGCAGCAGAUGCAGGAGCUGAUUAGCAACAUUGAGAUCCAGCUGGGUGAGCUCCGCAAUGAGAUGGAAAGUCAGAACCAGCAGCACAAGAUGCUCCUGGACAUCAAGACCCGGGUGGAUCAGGAGAUCGCCACAUACCACAAUCUGCUGGAGGGCCAGGACCCCAAGAUGUUUGGUUUCAGUACUAGAGCAGGUUCCCUUAGCGGAGAAGGUGGUGGUGAUAGCAGCAGCAGCAGGGUCCACAUUACCAUGGAGGAAUCAGUGGAUGGAAAGGUGGUUUCUUCCCCAAAAAGGGAAAUUUAAAUCUUCAAAAUCUUCACCAUAGGCAAAAGAGAAAGUCCCUCACCUGCCUGGCUGAGAGCAUGAGCAAUCACAGUGGGGAGGAGGAUGGAAACUCCAGUGUUUGCCCUGGGAAUGGGAUGGCAAAUGUAGGCCCUGCCAUGCCCUGUUCAAUUCUCCUUAGUGUUUCUCUCCUCUCCUUUCUUCCCAACCCACUGUACUCUGCUUUGCAGCAGUACUUUCCUAGGUGGAAGCCAGGGGAAGAGGUUGUAUUGUGUAACCUAUCCUCAAUUGUACUGUUUCUUUCUGUGAAAUAAAGUUUUUCCUUCUUCUGUU